AUGCACUCUCCAGCUGAUGACGAACUUCCCAUCAUCAAAAGCGAAUUCUACAAACUAGCUGGCUUCCCUGGUGUUAUAGGGUGCAUAGAUGGCACCCACGUACGAAUUCAAGCGCCAUCUCAAAAUGAACCUGCAUUUGUAAACAGAAAAGGCUUCCACUCAAUAAAUGUACAAGCCAUCUGUGAUUAUACAGGCAGAUUCACCAACAUUGUUGCUAGAUGGCCCGGAAGUACACAUGACAGUCAUGUAUUUCGUAUGUCAGGCAUUCGACAAACAAUUGAGGAGAAUUUUCACUCGAUUAACGACGGGGUUGUUCUUGGUGACAGCGGCUACGCGUGUAAACCUUACCUAAUGACUCCGUAUCUAAGACCAUCGACUCCGGCCCAUGAACGGUUUAACUCGGCCCACUCAAGAACCAGGGUAACUAUAGAACGUGCCUUUGGUUGGUGGAAGAGACGAUUUCAAGUUCUCCAUGCUGAAAUUCGGAUGACACCGGAGAGAGUCUGUACAGUCAUAGGAGCGUGCGCAGUACUUCAUAACCUGGCUAUUCUAUUUCGGGAACCAGUUGUAGAUGACGGCCAAGACGUGGACAUCGAUGGGGAUAUCCAAGGACAGUACAAUGGACCCGAAGAUGGGAAGAACAUCAGAAAUUAUAUCACAUUGCAUUAUUUUUAA